UUAGUAUUAUAACAAACAUAACUAAUUUAGCUUACAUAAACCAUAACGCUCUUUCUAUUAUUGUCCGAUCGUAUCAAUAAAACAUAGCUUUCUUUAUAUAUAUAACUAACAACCGGAGAGGAGAGUAUCAGAAUAACGAAUUGGCUGAGAAAAUGAAAACCCUAGCAAUAUUUUGCCUUGUUUUCCAAGUAAUCAUUCAAACCGGAAACUCAGCUGAUUCAGGAGAUGUUGAUUUUUCAAUACUCAUAAAAAACGAAAUGUACAAUGUCGAUAACCCGUCUGUUUUCUACACUUGCCGAUCAUCAAAGAAAGACAUCGGAUGGCACAAAUCGGUUCCAUCCUCAGAGUUUCAAUGGGAAUUCGAAGUUCCUCAGUUUGGUAACGGCGUCAUGGUCCACAAUUGUCGUUUCCGGUCGAGCGCAGGAACAGCAAACGUUGAGAUCAGGACAUUGUCUACUACAGCGAUGCUAUGCGAUGGACAAACAUGUAAAUACGCAAUCAGACCUAAUGGGAUUUAUUUCAUUGGUUACGAGUUGUAUUCUCCUUAUGCUAUUUUUGGAAGGUAUAUUGAAUUGUCGAGGCCCGCGGAGAAGCUAGUUGAGCCGUGGAAACCUUGGUCACCACAACAACUCAAAGCUAUGUAUCGUACAAAACAAAUGGUCCAUGAUUCGGAUUGAGAGGUCGAUGUCGUCGAUCCUUGGACUACAUGCAUCAUUAUAUUAUUUAAUGAAUGUUAAGUAGGUGAUUAUAUAUGUUAGUAGCUGAGGUCUUCGAGGAAGAGGGGACUCAUUUGAGGACCUUGUUUUGUGGAAACAUGAAGGGACUCAGGUAAGAGUCCACAAGUGACUGCAAUUUACAUGAAGGGUUCGCAUAAUUUAGAAAGGCUAACGUUUAUUAGUGGAUCCUAACUCCGUAAAAUAUAAAAGAAUCUUAGUGAUAUACUGAUAAUAAAGAAAAUCCAUUCCUUUGAAUUAAAAAUAUAUCAAGAUUUGUAUCC